CAACAGUUUAAGCAAUGUUUGUAAAAAUUCAUUACAACUGAGCUGCUGCUGCUGCAGUUUAUAAGUGGCGGGUGAGAGUGUUAAGUGGUGCCACCUCCAGCCCGUCCACACAACCACACCACUACACUCUCCACACCAAACUUGUUAGGAUGUUCUCCCGUGCAGCCUCUACCUUGGUUCGUCGUGUCUCUCUUGUGGGCACUAGAUCUUAUUCUGAUGGCCCAAUGGCCUUUACAUUUGCAUCACAAAAUCAGGUGUUUUACAAUGGAGCAGAUGUGAGGCAAGUUGAUGUGCCAUCAUUUUCUGGGAGUUUUGGUAUCUUGCCAAAACAUGUCCCAUCUCUAGCAGUAUUGAAACCUGGUGUUCUAACAGUUUUAGAGGCUGAUGGAGCUGCUAAAAAAUAUUUUGUCAGCUCUGGCAUUGUAACAAUCAAUGAAGAUUCUUCAGUUCAAAUUCUUGCUGAAGAAGCUGCUGGAGUUGAGGAACUUGACCUUGGCGCAGCACGAGAUAUUCUCUCCAAGGCACAUUCUGAGGCAAAUGCUGCAACAAGUGAAGAGGCUAAAGCUGAGGCAUUGAUUAAAGUUGAAGUAGCAGAAGAAUUGGUUAAGGCUGCUGAAUCAGGAUAAGCUCUCUAAUAUUGUACUGUAUUUAUACGUCACUUUCUUCAAGGGGGAAAAAGUAGGAAAAAAAAGAGAGAAACUGAAUAUGGUGUAAAUGUCAAACAUUUCAUGUCAAUAAAAAUGUUCACCAAAUGUGAAUAAUACCACAUGAAAUCCAUUUUUUCUUGGAAAAUGAAGAUAUCCAUACUCUGUUUUAUAAGCAUGGUCACCCAAUAGCCUGUAUCAAGUUAUAAUUUUAUUUUGACUGAUUUCUUAAGAGCAAAUGGUAAUUUUAUAAUGUCCAUUGUGUAUUUUACACAUGGCAAGUUGUAGAAUGGGCUAUACUUUAUUAAAAGAAAUAUACAAUUCAUCAGUUUCAGUUCUUUAAAAGAAUUGCUCUCAAAUAGCCUACAUAUUCAGGAAACAAGAAGCUUAUUUACUUCUCUAUAAAUUCCAUAUUGUACAAUUUUAAUGUAAAUAAAAAAGAUUUGGUGUUGACAA